ACUAGAGAGGACAAAGAAUCUUAAGGAGGGGAAAGAGAGAGAAUGUGAUGUGAUCGCGGAGGACAGGCAGAGAGAGCAAGAAGGGAGGCGAGGCCAGGAUGAGCAGCAGCACCGCCUACGCGGAGAGCGUCGCGUCCUGCCGCGCUCCCGCUCCCCUCCGCUCCCCAUCUCCGGCAGCCGCCGCGGCGACGGUUCAAGACGCACUCCACCUUCCCGUGAGGCGGCAGCUUGACUUCACCUGCGGCGGCGGCAACCUGGAUGACGACGACGAGUUCCUCUGCUGCGCCGCAGAGGAGAUGGAGCGGAGCCUCUACGGCCAGACGACGCCGCCACCGCCACGGGCGGUGGCUCCCCCGACUUUCCCUGUGAAGCAGUGCAUUUGCGGUCGCGGGCCGUGUGGCGUUGAGUGGAAGAAGCCCACGGGUUGGGCGUACGUCUGCUCGGCGCCGGCGAAGUGCCGGCAUACUGUUUGGUGUGGGGAGUAUGGUCCCAAUCUAACUUCACAGCCUGCCUUUUGGAGUCAUGCUGAACUCAACAAUUCUCAUGUAUUUAACACUCCAAGCAAUCAGAGGGCUGGUGCUACAUCUCAAGAUAAUGUUCAUCCCCAAGGCGUUCCUGCUACAAAUCCGGUUAAUAUUAACCUCCAUGGUGCUGGUGCUACUGCUGCAUUUAAUGUUAGUCCCCAGGGCGCUGUCGCUACAACUCCAGUUAAGUUUAGUCCCCGAGUUGCUAGAUCCAAUUGCGAACCACCGACCUGCAUGUGUACUGCUGGGAAGUGCAGAAUAGACAAAGGCUACUAUGUAUGUCAUAUACCAAAGGGACAUGGUUCAUGCGCUCACCGCGAGCUAAUCAACGUUGCUGCUGAAGAAUCGCCACUAACUGGCUACAACAAUCCAAGGGAGAGUGCACGUUUGGGGUACAAUCCAGUUAAGAAGGAAGCUAAUGGGCGGGAUUUUGUUAUGAUGGAAGACCACAACAAAACUAGACCAUCAAAUCCUCAUCAACCCCCUGUAUAUGAUCUUGUACCCAGAGAACACUCAGUGCCUGCUCGCCCUACAUCCAUUCCUGUAGCAACUCGGGUAUCAGCAAUUAUGCUGCACCAACCAGUUGCUAUGGCGGAACUAGAACCACCAAAGGGAUCACCUGUGCCACCUAAGUGUACUAUCACUCCUCGGUCAGGUGGUUGCUACCGAUGCCAUGAUGAAGGACAUUGGGCCUUGAACUGCCCUAAGAAAGACGCUUGCUACCACUGUGGCAUGGUAGGGCACUGGGUGAAGGAUUGCCCCUCACUGCGUGACAGAAUACAGUCUUAAGAAGCUAAUGAUGGCCUCUUUAUGGCUGUGUGCCACUGACAGUAACAAAUGAGCACUCAGGGGGUUAGUGAUCUACCGCUGUCAUAAUAAUCGGCUUUAUGUGGCUGUCAGUUUAGGGUUUAGGGUUGAAGCUGCAGCUCUGGACACGUGCUAAACUUAAACUUAGUGGUGCCUGGCUGUAAGUAAGAGUACUAAUAUUUAGACCCAUUAUCUGCUUGAUCAAUAACUAGUGAUACGCAGAAGGGCAGUGAACUUGUAAUUAUUAUCUUGUGUGUAUAUGCAGUAGGUUUGUAUUUACAGUAUUUGAAGUUUGGAGUACUAAGUUCGUACUUGUAUGCACUCAAAUGGUAACAACAUAUAUGAAUUCUAUGGUCUGAUAGCGUGCUACAGCA